AUGGCUGAGCAAGAGACGUUUGCUUUCCAGGCUGAGAUCAACCAAUUGUUGAGUCUGAUCAUCAAUACCUUCUACAGCAACAAGGAGAUCUUUCUCCGCGAGCUCAUCAGCAACUCUUCUGAUGCUCUUGACAAAAUACGUUUUGAAAGUUUGACUGACAAGAGUAAGCUCGAUGCUCAACCAGAGCUUUUCAUUCACAUUAUCCCUGACAAGACCAAUAACACACUGUCCAUCAUUGAUAGUGGUAUUGGAAUGACCAAGGCUGAUUUGGUGAACAAUCUUGGUACCAUUGCAAGGUCUGGAACCAAGGAAUUUAUGGAAGCCCUUGCUGCUGGCGCUGAUGUCAGUAUGAUUGGGCAGUUUGGUGUUGGUUUCUAUUCAGCGUACUUGGUUGCUGAGAAGGUUGUGGUCACCACAAAGCACAAUGAUGAUGAGCAGUAUGUGUGGGAGUCCCAAGCAGGCGGUUCAUUCACCAUUACUAGAGACACUGCUGGUGAGAGCCUUGGCAGGGGCACCAAGAUUACUCUCUUUCUCAAAGAAGACCAGCUUGAAUACCUUGAGGAGCGCAGGUUGAAGGAUUUGAUCAAGAAGCACUCUGAGUUCAUUAGCUACCCAAUCUCCCUUUGGGUUGAGAAGACCACAGAGAAGGAAAUCUCUGAUGAUGAGGACGAGGAAGACAAGAAAGAUGAGGAAGGAAAGGUCGAGGAAGUUGAUGAAGAGAAGGAGAAGGCAGAAAAGAAAAAGAAGACAAUCAAAGAAGUGUCUCAUGAGUGGAAUUUGGUGAACAAGCAGAAACCCAUCUGGAUGAGGAAACCUGAGGAGAUUACGAAGGAGGAAUAUUCUGCUUUCUAUAAGAGCCUCACCAACGACUGGGAGGAGCACUUGGCUGUGAAGCACUUUUCAGUUGAGGGUCAGCUUGAGUUCAAGGCGGUUCUCUUUGUUCCUAAGAGAGCACCAUUUGAUCUCUUUGACACCAAGAAAAAGCCCAACAACAUUAAGCUUUAUGUGCGUCGAGUCUUUAUCAUGGAUAACUGUGAGGAGUUGAUCCCAGAGUAUUUGAGCUUCGUGAAGGGUAUUGUGGACUCUGAGGACUUGCCUCUCAACAUCUCCCGCGAGACGUUGCAACAGAACAAGAUUUUGAAGGUCAUCCGCAAGAAUUUGGUCAAGAAGUGCAUUGAGCUCUUCUUUGAGAUUGCAGAGAACAAAGAAGACUACAACAAGUUCUACGAGGCUUUCUCCAAGAACCUCAAGCUGGGUAUACAUGAGGAUUCGCAGAACAAGACUAAGAUUGCUGAAUUGCUCAGAUAUCACUCCACCAAGAGUGUCGAUGAGCUGACCAGCUUGAAGGAUUAUGUGACCAGGAUGAAAGAAGGGCAGAACGACAUCUACUACAUCACUGGUGAGAGCAAGAAAGCUGUUGAGAAUUCUCCCUUCCUUGAGAAGCUGAAGAAGAAGGGCUAUGAAGUCCUCUACAUGGUUGAUGCUAUCGAUGAGUAUGCUGUUGGUCAGUUGAAGGAAUUUGAGGGCAAGAAGCUCGUUUCUGCGACCAAGGAAGGUCUCAAGCUAGAUGAGAGCGAGGAUGAGAAGAAACGGACGGAAGAAUUGAAGCAGAAGUUCGAGGGUCUUUGUAAGGUGAUUAAGGAUGUUCUAGGGGACAAAGUUGAGAAGGUUGUCGUAUCUGACCGUGUUGUUGACUCACCUUGCUGUUUGGUGACUGGAGAAUAUGGGUGGACAGCUAACAUGGAAAGAAUUAUGAAGGCACAGGCUCUGAGGGACUCAAGCAUGUCGGGUUACAUGUCGAGCAAGAAGACCAUGGAAAUCAACCCUGAGAACUCCAUCAUGGAAGAGCUUAGGAAGAGGGCUGAUGCUGACAAGAAUGACAAGUCUGUGAAGGAUUUGGUUUUGUUGCUGUUUGAGACUUCUCUACUUACUUCCGGGUUCAGUCUUGAGGAGCCCAACACCUUUGGCAACAGGAUUCACAGAAUGCUCAAAUUGGGUUUGAGCAUUGAUGAGGAUGCUGGUGAGGCUGAUGCUGAUGUUGACAUGCCAGCGUUGGAGGAAGUUGAUGCUGAGGGUUCCAAGAUGGAAGAGGUCGAUUAA